AUGGGUGUUUACCUUCUUGUCAGUACCAUACUCGGUAAUGUCUACCCCUUCAGCGAUGCUGUUUCGUAUGCUUUGGUGGCCGUGAUGUUUCUGCUUCUCAUGGCUCCCCUUACUGUCCCUUUGAAGAUGACACUGUUUCCAAGGAAUGGGAUUAAAUCAGAGCAACACGUUGGAUCUUCUUCGUCGGCAGGGGCACUUGGCAGUUUGAAUGAUCAGUAUAAUUCGCCUGAGGUUUCUGAGCUUCUUGCCUUGGGUGAGGGGACUGUGAAGCAGAAGAAGAGAAGGCCUAAACGUGGAGAAGAUUUUACGUUUACUGAGGCUAUAGUUGAGGCUGAUUUCUGGCUUCUGAUUUUGGUCUACUUUGUUGGAGUCGGCACUGGGGUUACUGUUCUCAAUAAUCUGGCCCAAAUAGGUAUUGCCCGAGGAGAGGAAGACACCGCCACUUUGCUGUCAAUUUUUAGCUUUUGCAAUUUUCUGGGCGGCUUGGUGGAGGAGUUGUAUCAUAACAUUUUGUCAGGACAAGAAGAGUUACAAUGUGUGUUUGUAGCACCGGUUCCGUAA